AUGGCUACUCUUAGCUUCCAUCCAACCAGAAUUCCUCACAAACACAUCUCCAAAAUCACUUCUUUUGCAAAACCCUCAAAAGUAUUGUUCCCUUUCUCUCUAAAAUCCUCAAAAAGCCACGUAAAACCACUCCAUUUCCAAUCAAACAUCAUAAAAACCAAACUCUCGGUUUCAACACAAGAAGAAGAAGUGGAGACUGAAGAAGAUGACUACGAAGAAGAUGACCCAACUGCAGAAAUGAGCUAUCUUGACCCAGAAACUGAUCCAGAGAGCAUUGUAGAGUGGGAGUUGGAUUUUUGUUCUAGGCCUAUACUUGAUGUUAGAGGCAAGAAAGUGUGGGAGCUUGUUGUAUGUGAUGAUUCUUUGUCACUUCAAUUCACAAAAUACUUCCCUAACAAUGUUAUCAAUAGUAUCACUUUGAAGGAUGCUAUUGUAUCCAUUAGUGAGGAUCUUGGAGUCCCUUUGCCUGAAAAAAUCAGGUUCUUCAGGUCACAGAUGCAGACAAUUAUCACCAAAGCAUGUAAAGAGAUAGGUAUAAAGCCUAUUCCAAGUAAACGGUGUAUAUCACUACUUCUAUGGCUCGAAGAGCGCUAUGAGACUGUAUAUACACGUCAUCCUGGUUUCCAAAAGGGAGCUAAACCACUUUUGGCAUUAGAUAACCCUUUUGCAAUGGAACUUCCAGACAAUCUUUUUGGGGAGAAAUGGGCAUUCGUCCAAUUACCUUACUCAGCUGUUCAAGAGGAAGUUGCAUCAUUAGAGACAAGAUUUGUUUUCGGUGCAAGUCUGGAUUUGGAUUUAUUGGGAAUUGAGAUUGAUGACAAGACAUUGAUACCUGGGCUUGCUGUUGCAUCUUCACGUGCUCAACCAUUAGCAGCGUGGAUGAACGGACUGGAAGUGUGCACAAUUGAAGCUGACACUUCUCGCGCUUGCUUGAUUCUAUCUGUUGGGAUUGCAACACGUUAUGUUUAUGCUACCUAUAAGAAAACUCCUGUAACAACAGCUGAAGCUGAAGCUUGGGAAGCAGCAAAGAAGGCCUGUGGAGGAUUACAUUUUCUUGCCAUCCAAGACCACUUAGAUUCAGAUGACUGUGUUGGAUUUUGGCUUUUACUAGACUUGCCGCCUCCACCUAUAGGUGCUGCAUUCUUACCUAUGGAGAAGAAAGAUGAAAUGAAGAGGAAAGGAGAAGAAAUUGAGACGGAAUGCCAUGAGUGA